AUGGAUGCACAGCCAACCUGGUCGGCGCCGGCGUAUGACUUCGCUGCCGCGCGCCCCGUGGCCUCGACUGAUGCCGGCCCGUCCUUCUUCCGCAGCGCGAGGUGGACCACGGACGGGACGGCCAUCCUCACGGCUGGUGAAGAUCGCCUGCUCAGCGUGCAUGACCUAACGCAUGAGGAAAGCGGAGUUGUCGGAUUAGCCCAGCCGCGCACCUUCCCGCAGCCUGACUCGGUCAACGCAGCACAAUGGUAUCCUUCUGCGUCACGACUCGUACCCGAGACGUUCUGCUUUGUUGCGAGCGUGCGAGACGCGCCAGUGCGCUUGAUCGACGCGUCGGACGGGAGAAUACGCGCGUCCUACCCCAUCGUGGACCACCGGGAACGCUUCAUCGCGCCGUAUUCUUUUGCGUUCAACACCGCUGCUGACAAGCUGUACUGCGGGUUUGAGAACGCGAUCGAGGUCUUCGACAUCGCGAGCCCCGGCUACGACACUGGGGAGCGCCUCAAGCUCGGUCUCACGCGCAAGGAGAAGGGAGGACAACGAGGCAUCAUUUCCGCCUUGGCGUUCAGCGCGCACCAUCCCACUUUUGCGGCAGGGUCGUUUGCCGGCUCGGUGGUUUUAUACGACGAGGACACGAGAAGUGCGAUAGCCCACGUCGAGGGCGUUGAGGGUGGUGGGGUCAUCCAGAUCGCGUUCCACCCACUAGACCCCAACGUUUUCUUCGUCGCGUCGCGCCGCUCAGAGGCGAUCCAGCCAUUCGACCUGCGCGACACGUCUGCGCCUGUUGGGAGACUGGCGCGGAGCGGUUCGACAAACCAGCGACUCGCGUUCGACGUCGAUCCGUGGGGCCGGUGGCUGGCGUCUGGCGAUGAGUUCGGGACAAUGAGAGUAUGGGACAUCGGGUCGACAUACGACGUGCUCUUUGAGCAGAAGCUCCAUGGAGACGCCGUGAACAGUGUGCAGUUUCACGCGCACCAGCCACUCCUCCUCACGUGCGCUGGCUCCCGCGCACAUCUUCAGGCGUCAGACAUCGAGUUCUCCAGCAAUGAGGACACCGAUUCUGAUUCCGAUUCCGACGAUGACGAUGUCGUCGAGCAGAGCACUGUCCACGUCAAGACGGGUGCCAAGGACUCCCGCCUGGCAGUUUGGUCAUUUGGGCAACAAUAG